UUGCGGGUGGGCGUUUGCUGGCGCAGGCGUGGAGGGACGCGGAUUUGAGCUGUGACUGCCCUCUACGUCUUUGGAGCGGGAGCGAUGGGGCUGGGGCAGAACUCUUCCGUGCGCGUUGAAUGGAUUGCUGCGAUCUCCUUAACUGCUGGAGCAGCUGUGGUUGGCUAUCUAGCUUACAGAUUUCUCUCUAAAGACAAAUGCUCCAAAGCAAUGGUGAAUCCCCAUAUCCAGAAAGAUAAUCCCAAGGUAGUCCAUGCAUUUGAUAUGGAAGAUUUGGGAGACAAGGCUGUGUACUGUCGUUGUUGGAGAUCUAAGAAGUUCCCGCUGUGUGAUGGCUCUCACACAAAGCACAACGAGGAAACUGGUGACAACGUUGGGCCUCUGAUCAUCAAAAGGAAGGAGGCAUAGAGUGGACAGUAGAAGCUACAAAAUGAAUGUCUGACAAUUCCUCUGUUCACUUGUAAUUGGGGGAAAAACCACAAAUUCUUUGUCAUGUCACUGAAGACUUUCCAGUGUAAUAUGUACAUCAGGCUUCAGCAUGUGUAUUUUCUCUGGUGCUUGUCUUGUUUUAAUCACUACAAUACAUAAUUUUCUAAAUAGUCAUGGUUUAAAUUUUUGUCCUGUAAAGCGUGUGUACCCUCUCACCGAGUACAAAACUAAAAUGACGCACAGAAUGUACUUCAUCAGAAAAUAGGUGUUAAAUUUUAUUUUCAAAUACAGUGUACAACUCUGAGGCUAUUCAGUAGAAUGUGUGUUUGAAAGGUAGAUCCUAAAAUCCUGGAGGGGUUGUCAAGUCACAGGUCUAGAUACAUUUCUAUGUAAAAGGUAGUGGCAGGAAAGAAAUUGUGGCGCAAAAUGUAGCUUAGACUCUGAUUAUGCUGUAUUUUCUGCAGGUGUCAUGUUUGGCCUGUUACACUACUGUUCUGUGUGGCUUCUGUGAAAGAACAAAGUUGCUAACUAUGUACAGACAGCAUAACAGUCUCGAAGCAAGAUGGGGCUAAAAGGCAAGUUUACCUUUGAUUUUAUAGCAGUGUUAAAACUUGACCUUACUACCAUAUGGUAUCAGGAACAUACUAGUGGAACUGCAGACCUGUAUUUAGAGUAGCAUUAGGAGGAUGAUCUCUGUGAGAGCUUUCUGAAGAAAACAAGUGGAAUGAAGUACUCAGAGUGAUGGGCAGGGGGUGACAGGGUUGUCUUUGCUGCUAGAAAGCCUUAGUUUCAUUUGCAGACUCUAGCAGUGAAGCUGACUUCCCCAGACCACAGGACACUUCUGUGGGGGAGGCUAUGCCAAUUUAUUCCAGAAGCUAAAAAUAACUAAAACCCCACCCAUCAUUAUUGUCUGCUUCAUCAUUGCUCUGGCUGGUUCCGGAGGACUCUUCCUGCUGCAGGAGGAGGCACACCUUUCUUACUAAGUGGCCUUAGGCUCUAUGUGUCUUAAAUAACUCCUGCCUCCCUGGGCUAACUGCCGAUGUGGUUCAGCUAAUUUUACCAAAAGAACUGACAUGGCCAGGGAAUGCUUUGGCAACAGUUAGAAACAAGGAGGAAAGGAGGGAUGAGACAAGGAUUGCUCUUAUUCCUCAUUUGUAGGGCACUUGCCUGUCUUGCUUGACACGGUUGCAUUAACAGCUGUCAUGUUGGUUUCCUUAAAUUAAAUAGCUUUGAUUUAUUAACAUGUGAAUGACUACAAAGCAAAACCCAAAGAGUGGGGUGGCUGAGGGCAGUUUUGUAUUAAACCUGGUCCAUUAGCAUAAUUGCAGCCUAUGUAAGAGUGAGCUCUCAGUGUCCUGAGACAAGAGAGACUACCUCAGAGCUAGAAGAAAGGCCUUUUCAAGAAGCUGACAUUUUAUCCUAGCCUCUUAAGGAUUCUUCCAGAUGAUAGGGGCAGUAGAGGUUUGUUGGUUGGUUGGUUGUUUUUAAGGGUGUGUUUGGUACAACUGGUUAAGAUUGAAGAAAACUGUAUUUUUGAUGUAGGACUUUCAGAGGCUAAGGUCUUAGCUGACUGGUCUGAACUUUGUCACAAAGCAUAAAAAUGGAGAACGUGGCACAGAGGUAGAGAAAGAAGGUUUGCAGGAGACUGCUAUAGUAGGGGCAGCUACUGUCUGUGAGAGACCUCUACUUGUAAGAAGUUGCAGUCAAAUACAUUUAGUUUCUAUUGUUCCUGUUUUGACUGUAAAGUUACUUGAUAUUUUUUAAAUUUGGCUGAGUACUGAUGCAUAUGGAAGGUUGUUUUAACCUUAAACUAUCAAAUAUUUUGCUUUUAUCCAAAACAAAGUUACUUCUGUAUUAUUAGAAUAUGACACUGGAUAUUUCUGUAUUUUUGUCAAAUACACAUUUGGGCUCAUCUUAAUUCUUGAGGUUGUAAUGUCUCUGUUACCAUGGGUGUGCUGUUUCUUUCAAGCGGGAGUUGCAUUGGGAGUAGUGCUGUACACCAAUACUACUGUAAUCAUAAAACUGUGUCUUAGUUGGGUUUUCCUUCUGAGACUUCUUUUUUCCUAUUAACAGCAAAGUCUGGCUGCUCUUGAAGGAAUUAACAGUUCACUGAAAGCUGCAUUGAUGUUCUGAGAGAUAAAGUUCUCAAGUUUCAGAUGAGUCUCCUGAGUCAUAAAACUAUUUCCUGGAGUUUGUCAAUAAAACAUUUCCUGGAGUCUGGGCAUCAGG